UCCGCCAUUUGAAAUAUUUGAACUUCCUUGUGACAACUUCCAAUGUACGCUUUGGUUUACACUGAACAAUUAUCAGAGGAUCUGGGCGAAUAGUCGUAGUUUUUGCGUCUUAUGCACGUUGGGAUUCCGACGUCGGCUGUUUUCUUACCCGAUUGGGGAAAAAAGCGUAGAGAAGUGUGCGAAUGCUGCGCGUAUUCGAAACGUGUUCAACAACGGAACGCGGUAAAGUUUUUGCAUGAGUUGAACACUGCUCGCGGAUAAGGAGAGGCGAAGAGAAGGCCUGUGAAGCCUGGGCUUUUUUCUUGCGCUAGUCAUGGCCGGAAAUUUUGAUUCGGAGGACCGAGGGAGCUGGUAUUGGGGGAGAUUAAGCCGGCAAGAGGCGGUUUCGCUGCUCCAAGGGCAGAGGCACGGAGUAUUCCUGGUGCGGGACUCGAUCACUAUUCCCGGGGACUACGUGCUGUCUGUGUCGGAGAACUCCAAAGUCUCUCAUUACAUAAUAAACAGCAUCAGCAGCAAUCGCCAGUCCGGACCAGGACUCGCUCCUCCUCGGUUCCGUAUCGGAGAUCAGGAAUUUGACGCCUUACCUGCCCUGUUGGAGUUCUACAAGAUCCACUACCUGGAUACCACCACUCUGAUUGAGCCCAUCAAUAAAGCCAAGCACUCUUCCUUUAUCAGCGUCAAUGCAGGAACAGGAGGACCUCCUCAGAGGCUGGAAGAAGAGUACGUCCGAGCCCUCUUCGACUUCCCCGGCAAUGACGACGAGGACCUUCCGUUUCGAAAGGGCGAUAUUCUAAGAGUUCUAGAGAAGCCAGAGGAGCAGUGGUGGAACGCUCAGAAUUCUGAAGGCCGUGUCGGCAUGAUCCCCGUGCCCUAUGUGGAGAAGUACCGGCCGGCCUCGCCAACAUCAGGGGGCCCUGCGGGGUCUGUUGGAGGAUCUGGAGCUCACGGCAACUCUGACAGCCACGGUUCUCAGUCUCAACCUCUGCUUGGUGAGCCGGGCCAAUAUGCCCAGCCAACAUCUUUACCCAAUCUACAGAACGGUCCAGUUUAUGCCAGGGCCAUUCAGAAGAGAGUUCCCAAUGCCUAUGACAAGACUGCUCUUGCUUUGGAGGUCGGCGACAUGGUGAAGGUGACCAAGAUCAAUGUAAAUGGGCAGUGGGAGGGUGAGUGCAAGGGAAAGCAUGGUCAUUUUCCCUUUACCCAUGUUCGCUUGCUGGACCAGCACAACCCAGAGGAUGAACUGAGCUGAGAGAGUAGACUGUCUUCCCUAGCAGCCCUUAGAUGUACACUCAUUUACACACACAUACACACACACUUUGGCUCCUCACACAUCCUCACUACUGCCUUUUACCUUCCCGCCUCGUCAUUACCUUGUGCCAUUGUGUCUCAUGCCAACAUUCACAAUACCUGCAACAAUUCCCUUAUUAGAUUUUAUGCAAUAAUUGAAGAUAUUUACCAAGUAAACACUAAAUUCAGCACGCAACGCCAUACACUACAUAGAGAGGAGCAUUAGUCUGUGGCUUCUUGUGAACUGAGAAAAGAAGAAGAAGCCUGCUUGGACUUAAAACGUGAGCAGUUUGGUGUCUUAAUAAGGGACUGUUCCUUUGCUUCGACUGCGGUAGCAUACACUACUUCGUGUCUUAGUACACAGCUGCACUCACACUACAAAUCAUCUACUACAUGAGAAAAAUUCAGAAAUGCAGAACAAACGUGCUUCGAAAUAGUUUUUAGUCUUUUUCAUUGGCUUGUCAGUCAUUACUGGCUCAGCGCCGGUUCCUAUCGGGGCGGUACACUAUAUAAAAGAUGGAGCAGCCCGAAUCCUCACCGCAUUUAGUUUUAUUUAUGCACAACAUUUCAAAUGUAUACAAGAUGGGCCAUGCAUCAUUAUUCACUACGGCUAAGUAACUUUGUUUUACUACAUUUUCAUUAUAUAUUAUCAGGAAAUGCUACUUUCACCUUUAUUGCUGUACUUGGAAGUAUUACACUAAAUGCAGAUUUGUUGAAUGUGUAACCCUAAUUUCUAAUGCUAGACUCGAUACGUCAACAUAAGAUAGACUUUAUUGAUUUUUGUUGUUUUUGUUUUUAAAUAAAAAUCCAACAUUGUGACUUUUCCACUAUAA